AAUGUGUCGUAAUUUAUUUUAUCAUUUCUGCUUUAUUUGUGCUUUCUUCUUCUAAUUCUACGAAUGCUUAAAGCAAACAAAAAUAGCGUAAACGAAACGCGCCCGUUUAAUGCAAUCCUAAUGAAUUAGCUGACCUAAUCCAUACAUGCAAUUUGGCAAUCUGUUCAGUUUCAUUUCUUUGUGAAUCGAUUGCGGUAUCUAUUGCCCGGCUCAAAUUUAAAUUGAAAAUCUAAACAGAUUAGCGAAAUAAAAUGGUGUUUCUUCAUAUUUUGGUGUUAAUUUUACUGGUAAAGAAUAUUCUCGUUUUCAAAGUGAUUGAUUUAUCGCCUGAACUAGAUGAAAAUCAACUUGAUUCGCCGUCUUGUUCACCACUAAAUUCUGGCUGUGCAAGCGUAACGAAUUUCCUUGAUGUUGCAACGGAAUGGAACAGUGAUGAGCUUUAUGAUAAUGAUUUGCUUAUGGACGAAACAAAGAUAAAAUCGAAAAAGUCGUCAAAAUCUCUUGCAAGAGACAAUAAAGCGAUAAACAGACGUUCUCGAAUCCAAAUGCAUAAACCAGCCGGUGUAAUUCAGCGAAUAAGGCCAAGAAAACGUGACGCGAUUUUUUCGAAUGAAAUUGAUGCAAAUUCAGUGAAUGAUGAGAGUGAGGAGUUUGAUAGUGAUCAACAUGUCGAAAAUGAGAGCGAUUGGCAUGAUCAAUUGGAUGUCAUUCGAAUGCCACAUUUAUUGGGACCAUCAGCGACAAAACAUUCACCCAUUCCCGUUGAACAUCAACAUCUCUCAACACCACCACCAUCGUUUGGCUGCUACAAAGUAUUGAUCCAAUGCAACCAAUUUUAUCCCAUUGUAUCAUAUAUACCGUGCACAGAAUUGGAACAGUUCAAUCAUCUUUUUUGCAAUUAAUUCUAUCAAUUUGAUUAGUACUUAAGUUUAGUUUAUUCAAACAUUGGACAUUGGUCAAUGUUUUUUUUUUCUGUGUUCGCUUGACACACAGUGAAAUUUCUUUUUGUUCGAAAUAAAUGUGCG